CCCGGGGACCCCAGGCAAACCAUUCACGCUUGGUCGUCCACCCGCAUCAGCCCAUCUAUCAGCGUAUCAAUCCACCCACGCAUCCAGAUCGGAUCGAUAACGUUGCACAACAUAAAGAUGAAUGUUUUUGACGAAGAAAAGAGAGGAUUCACUGCCCUCUACACACCAUCUAGGUCGGAAGACGGCAUAACAGUAGCGAUCCUGCUUGAGCUUUUGAGACAGCCGCACAGCGUACACAUAGUCGAUAAAGUGGAAGCAAUCAAUGACGUCGAAGCCAGGAACACCGCCACGUUAUUACCUGCGAUCGUCGACACGGCGGAUUCUGGCGUAAAGAAGAUUAUCGACGGAAACUUGAUUACCGAGUACCUCCUCGGUCGCUAUGACAAAGAUCUCAAGCUCUCUUGUCCAGAAGGAUCAAACCAGGCGAGGGAGGUUGAUGACUGGCUCUCGUUUCUUAAUGGAAGUGCUCAUCACUUCCAACCCCCGAGUGGCGAUAAUCUUUCAGGGGAGGAGACAACGCCUUCCGUCAGAGAGGUAUUGAGGAUAUACCUGCAUCUUGAGCAGCAGCUGCAAAAGAUGCUGACGCAAUAUCUUGUUGGCAGCAGACUAACACUGGCCGACUUGGUGGCAUUUCCCUUCGCGGCGACCGCAGACUCCUAUGGGCUUGAUCUGGAGCGUUUUCCUCAAGUAACUGCGUUGUAUAACAGAUUGAUGAGCGAGCAUUUUGUGAGGAGGGCCUUGGCUGCUGUUAAGAUAGCUUAAUCGGUUAUGUGGGCUUACUGGAGUUCAAUUGAUAUUUCUACUUCCGUUUCUAAGGAUUUUGUCUUGAAACCUCUGCCUCAUCUAGGGUUUCCGGUACUUGAUAUAAUGCAAAUUUCUCUUUUGGAGUCU